UAGUGAGCUGAGCCAAAAGAACCGCCUCUCUAAAAAGAGCCGGAAUUCCCAUCACUAAUUUCCAUUGAUUGGUCCGUUUCGUGUUGUUGUGAUUUGAAAAUACAGCGUGCGAUUGGUCAAGGCGGCGGGGUAGCGGUGUUUUGUAUACGAUCAACCGCCACAACCACUAGAGGGAGUAUGACGCUGGAGAGAGAACCAUGUUAAAAAAAAUUGGCAGAGAGGAGCAACAAGCUAUUCAGGCAUCUGAAAGUCCAGAAGAUUCUGAAUCGGACAAUUCCGAAAAUGAGUUGGCGGGGGAAUUUUCGCCCGAUGACACUGACGACUCGACCAAGGAGGACAGCUCAGAUUCGGAAGAAAAGGGCAGCUCCGAUUCGGAAGAGGAGAAAUCUUCCGAUGCGGUAGCUGUCCAGCAGAAACAUGAGGAACCGGACGCUACGGUAUGGACCUCAAAAGAUAAAAAACUAAUGUGGCAUCCGACACAUGAGGUGGCUGGACAUUACGCCCAUCCCCGAAUACCCACGCCCGGCCCCACGUUAUACGCGUGCGCCAGGCUAACCAGCCCCGAGUCGGCGUUUGCAUUGUUUAUUGAUGACGAAAUAGUCGAACAAAUCGUCGAAAUGACAAACCUACAAGGCCUCCGAACAUCCAAUCGCUGGUCCCUCCUCACCCCCCAAGAGCUGCGUGCGUACAUCGGGCUGCUGCUCCUGGCUGGGGUGUACCGGUCCAGGCACGAAGCCACAAGCAGCUUGUGGGGCGAGAAGACCGGGCGCCCGCUGUUCGCCAACGCAAUGUCACACCGGCGCUUUGCGGAGAUAAACGGAAUGCUCCGAUUUCACAAUGUCCAAAAACCAAAGCAGCACCAUGCCAACAAGCUGUCACCAAUAUCCGAGCUGUGGAGCAGGUGGAAUUUUCGGCUGCAAAAAAUGUAUAACGUUGGACGUGACGUCUGUGUGGAUGAGCAGCUCAUCGCAUUCCGAGGACGCUGCAAUUUCAAGCAGUACAUGCCGUCAAAACCUGCCAAGUACGGGAUUAAGAUUUGGGCACUAUGUGAUGCUCAAACGUCAUACGCCUACCAUCUUGAGGUUUACACCGGCAAGCCUCCAAAUGGCACACGUGAAACUAACGUUGGAAUGUGUGUGGUACUGAGGCUCACGGACUCGCUGGAAGGGCACACAGUAACCACGGACAAUUUUUUUACCUCCAUACCGCUUGCCCAAGAACUAAAAAAAAAAAGAAACUACCUGUUGGGCACAAUAAGGAAGAACAAGCCGGAGCUCCCUUCAAAAUUAACCAAAAUUACAGGAAGGAAGCCCCUCUCCAGCAUUUUCGGCUUCACCAGGGACCUGGCUGUGGUAUCUUACGUUCCCAAAAAAGGGAAGAAUGUGCUGUUGCUCAGCACAGCACACAAAGCGCCAAAAGUGGAUAACGGAGACGAAAGAAAGCCACAAAUGAUUCUUGACUACAAUAAAUCCAAGGGAGCAGUGGACCACUUGGGCCAGGCAUGUGGAACCUAUUCAACACGCCGGCGAGCACAACGGUGGCCCAUGUCCCUUUUCUUCCACAUGUUGGACAUUUCAGCAUUCAAUGCAUGUGUUCUGUACAAGGCUGUGAACCCAAGUUGGAAUGCCAAGAAAAGAUAUAUCAGACGGCUGUUCCUCGAGGAACUUGGUAAUUCGCUAAUCAUGCCAGAGGUUCUGCGUCGAAAGCCAGAGACUGCUGCAGGAGAGAAGCAGGCUGCAGAGCAGCAACAUGAGGCCGCAGCGCCUACAACCAAGCGAAAGCAAUGUCACCUCUGCACAGAGAAACGCAUCGCAUCAAAUGCAUGUGACAAGUGUGGAAACCCCAUGUGCCGAAAACACAUGAAGAACAUUUGCAAAAAUUGUUAAAAAAAAGAUCUGAAAAGUGUUUGUUGUUCUUGUUUGUUCUGAAAAUUCAUUUACAUCCCAUACGGUUAGGUACAGCAGAAUAUAUGAGAAACGAUUUUGUGAACUAUUUAAGCAU